GGUGUUUAGGGGCAGCCAGUGCAGUGAGUGAGGGGACAGCAGGUCAGGCUGGCAAUGAAGGGUCAUCUCUCCACUCUGGUGCUGUGGCUUCUUCUCACAAUUCAGGACACAGCAGGUGCUGAUGAGCUGAGGCUGGCGGAUGGAGGCAGCCCCUGUGCCGGGAGAGUGGAGGUUAAACACCAGGAUCAGUGGGGGACGGUGUGUGAUUUUGACUGGGACAUGGAAGAUGCUGAGGUGGUUUGUAAGCAGCUGGGAUGUGGAGCUGCUGUCAGUGCCCCUGGCUGGGCUCAUUUUGGAGAAGGAUCUGGACCGACUUGGCUGUAUGAAGUUGAUUGUGGUGGUGACAAGUCAGCUCUUUGGGACUGCAGUCAUAGAGGAUGGGGUGUAACCACCUGCCCUCAUUCUGUUGAUACUGGAGUGGUCUGCUCAGGUAAGAACUCAGCCAACCUGCUCCUGUGGGAAACUCACCAUGAGGGAGAAGGGACUGAACCCAGGUGUGACAUUCCUGGUGACUCAGAGCUGGAUUGUGUCCUGCACUGGGGUCAGCAUUUAGCUGACCAGUCUCUCCUUGAGCUCCCCUGGUGAGAGUGGGGACGAGCAGGCUGCAACAUCCUCUAGGUGGCC